AUGAGUGUUAUUGCUGUUGCUGGAGGCUCAGGAGGCGUUGGCAAGACCGUUGUCGAACGGCUAGUCCAAGAGCCCAAAUUCCAAGUCAUCGUUUUAUCUCGCCAGCCAACAGUGGACAGUUCAUUUCCUGGAGUUCAGGUUGUGCAGAUCAACUAUGAUGAUGUCUCUUCCAUGGCAAACACCCUAGAAAACUACAAUAUUCAUACAAUUAUUUCUGCCAUCGGCCUCCUCUCCGAUGAGACGAGUCAAUCUCAAUUGAAUUUGAUUGAUGCAGCUGAACAAUCCCCGGCUACCAAAAGAUUUAUUCCAAGCGAAUAUUCGUUCAUCCAAACAGCCGAUCUUCUUUCUAUAGAUCCUAGCAUCCAGUACUGGCUUGAUGCAGCAAACCGCCUGAAAGAAAGUUCACUCAAGUACACCCGAGUCAUCCCGGGGUUCUUCAUGGACUACUGGGGCAUGCCUCAUGCUCGAACCAACCUACAGCCAUACACCUUCGGAAUUAACAUCGCCGAACGGGAGGCUGCCAUUCCUGGCGACGGCAAUGAUGUAAUUUGUAUGACUUAUACCUACGACAUGGCCGAUUAUGUUGUCAAGGCGCUUGACCUCAAUGAUUGGCCUGAAUUCAGCGUAGUUGUUGGGGAUGAAGUCACUUACAAUCAGCUUCUGAAAAUGGCCGAAGAGCUCACAGGAGCCAAGUUCAACGUGACUUAUGAUACUGUUGACCAAAUCAACGCAGGGGACGUUACCAUACCCCCGAGUCCUAGAGGGACAGAGUAUUCAGUGGAUGAACUCAAGGAAGUCACAGCAUUGGUUAGUCGACUUAUUGUGAAUGGCGUCUUUCAAUUCCCGAAGGAAAACAGGCUCGAUGCUCAGAUCCCGGAUGUACAACCCAUGAAAAUGAGAGAAUUCUUAGAGAGACAUUGGGGUGGGAAAUAA